GAGGAUAGAUAGAGAGAGCAAAAAGAAACAUGAGACACAAUCGUAUGUGUGAAACAAAAACCAAAUCCUUUUUCACUCAAAACUAAACCAAAUCUCAUUCUGUAACUCUACACACAAACAUGACAUUGAUUCUCUGUCCCUGUAACUGUAUCUCACUUUUCAUUUCCUUUCCCAACUCUAAAUUACCUCUAAAUCAUAACCAUCAUUUCACCAACCAACCACCCAUUAAAUUCACUAAACAUUUUGCAAAUUUGAGCCCUACCCAUGUUUCAUUUUGCUCAAAGAAUGAUAAAUUUCAAAACUUUUCUGCGAACAAGUCAUCUGAAUCAGAGAACGAAACUCUUGAAUUGCUGAACAAGCCUUCCCUAAAAACUGGGUCAUCUUCUGAAGUUGAAAAAGUGGAUACAGAGAAAAGCUCUAUACAAAAGGAGGAACCUUUGAAACCCUUUUUGAAGUUUUUCAAAGGGAGUGAUGAUUCUCUUGAAGUUGAAAAAAAUGAUGGGGUGUUGAAAGUUUAUGAAGAAAGGGAUGAUUUGAAUAAAGGUGAAAAUGAAGAAGAAGAAGAAGAAGCUAAGAAAGUUAAUGUUAGUGAGUACUAUGAACCAAAACCUGGUGAUUUUGUGGUUGGUGUUGUUGUUGGAGGAAAUGAAAAUAAGCUUAGUGUAAAUGUGGGAGCUGAGUUACUAGGUACAAUGUUGAUUAAGGAAGUGCUUCCUUUGUUUAGUAGGGAAAUGGAGAACUUGUUUUUUGAUGAGAGUUUUGUUGUUCAAGGGAGAAUGGGAAUUUUGAGAAAUGAUGAUACAAUGAAUGGUGUAAUGGUGAAAGGAAUGAGUGAUGUUGUAGAGACUGGAACCAUUUUGUUUGCUGAGGUUUUGGGUAGAACACUUACAGGUAGGCCAUUGCUCUCUAGUCGAAGGCUCUUUCAAAGAAUCGCAUGGCAUCGACUGAGGCAGAUAAAACAGCUAAAUGAACCGAUAGAGGUCAGAAUUAACGAGUGGAAUACUAAGGGCCUGAUUACAAGGAUCGAGGGUUUGCGAGCUUUCUUGCCGAAAGCGGAGCUUGUGAAAAAAGUAAAUAGCUUUACUGAUUUGAAAGAAAAUGUAGGACAUUGUAUACAUGUACAAAUUAUGGAAGUAGAUGAAGAUAAAAACAAUGUGAUACUUAGUGAGAAGGAAGCUUGGGAAAAGCUAUAUCUUCAAGAAGGAACACUUCUUGAAGGGACUGUGAAAAAUAUUCUUCCUUAUGGAGCCCAAAUAAGAAUAGGAGAAACAAAUAGAAGUGGAUUGUUGCAUGUUUCAAAUAUCACUCGAGCUGAAGUUACUUCCGUCAGUGACGUUCUUUUUGUUGAUGAGAAGGUGAAAGUUCUUGUGGUGAAAUCAGCUUUUCCUAAUAAAAUUUCUUUAAGCAUUGCAGAGCUCGAAAGCGAACCUGGCCUAUUUCUAUCAAAUAAAGAGAGAGUAUUUGUGGAGGCAGAUAUGAUGGCAAAGAAAUACAGAGAAAAGCUACCUCAUGCUUUUAUCACAAAAGGAUCAGAACCUCUCUCAAAGAGUGCCUUUCCUUUUGAAAAUCAAGCACUUUAUGCUAACUGGAAGUGGUUCAAGUUUGAGAAGUGAUAAUAAUGAAAACAAGUUAAGCUUGAAAGCAUAAAUAAAUCUCUAUUUUACAUGGAACUCAGUCAUGGUUCCAAAGCAGGGGGUAUUAUUGAUUCAGUGGUUAUAAUCUCUUUAUUAGUUGGUUUUGGCAUACAAGACAAAACUUAUAGAUCAUCAAAGCAUUAUUGUUUUUAGGUUUAUUUUUCACUUUUAUAUUUUGUUUGUUUAAUAAAGUUGCUUGUCUUUUUAUGUGUAGAUUUAUAAGUUUUUUAUUUAAAUAACUAUGUAUUAAUAGUGUAAACAAAUUUUACGCAGACAUGUCAGAUCAAGUUAAUACAAGUUCACUAUACAUUGUAAAAGAUCCAUUAGAGAAUAUCAGAAGUUACAAUCAAUAAAAUGAGAAACGCUUGAAUCA